ACGCAGUAGCGUGUCUGCAGUGCCAAGAGACCGUUAGUAACGUGCGCGACUCAGUUUCAAAAUGGCGUUUAACGGUGACGGUCCCUUUAACAAGCGUAUGCGCACAGAUGGUGAAUCUGUGGGGCAAAAGUAGACGACGUAAGGCAGAACCCACCCAAGCCGCACCGGACGUCGUGUACACGGCCCGUGUCAUUGACCUGAACCAAGGCUGUUGAUUGCUAGCACACCAACCCACCGCACCGCCUCAAAGUGUGACUUGAAGUAGCAACAGACCAGUGGGAGGGAAUGGACAGCUACGUAGACUAUUAUUCUGAAAAUGAUUAUUUCUGCCCUGAUUAUAACGUCGAUGCGAAAGUGAGUAGCGACCUGAUGAGCGACGCGUGCGAGGCUUCUGGAGAGGGCAGCACUAAUGACGCCUACGGCGGUUUCAACGACUAUGACAACCAACCUAGAAGAAGGAAAGGGGAGCCAGAAACACCCAAUCAUGUGCUGCUCAUGACCAUUUUGAACCCCGCCUACCCUAUCACAGUGGAUGUGAUCCACACUAUAUGCCAGUCCUACGGUAAUGUUCUUCGCAUCGUCAUCUUCAAGAAGAAUGGCGUGCAGGCCAUGGUUGAGUUCGACGGGAUCGACCCAGCCACCCGUGCCCGGGAAGGACUGCAAGGAGCAGAUAUCUACUCUGGCUGCUGCACACUGCGCAUCGAGUACGCCAAGCCAACCAAGCUGAACGUAUACAAGAACGACUCCGAGAGCUGGGACUUCACCAACCCCAAUGUUUGGUCGAAGGAACCACAGAACAAUAGCGGUGGUGGCGGUGGAGGUGGGUCAUCCCGCCCUCCUCUUCUGCAGGAACCCCGUGGCUUUGGGAUGAAUGUCUCGCCAUUCAGAGGUGGAAUGAAUGGUCAGAUGGGUGGACCUCGCAGCUCUGGAGGUCUCUUCAACAAUCCUAUGCCAGACAGGCUUGGACUGAACAAUGGAAUGAGCAAUGGAGGUCUCCGUGGUGGAGGAUUGAUGGGUGCUGGUGGACAAGGCCAGGGUGGACCAUUCAUGGGUGGAGCUGGUGGGCCUGGGGGUGCAUCCCUCUCUGGUAUGGGCCAACCACAGCCAGGUCUACCUCAGCAAGGUGCUGUUCUUAUGGUUUAUGGACUAAACAAGGAUAAGAUGAAUGCCGAUCGCAUUUUCAACCUGCUUUGCUUGUACGGCAACAUUGUGAGGAUUAAGUUCUUGAAAACAAAGGAGGGUUGUGCUAUGGUGCAAAUGGGAGAUGCAUUAGCUGUGGAGCGUGCUGUUGCAAACCUACAUAAUACCACAUUCUUUGGUUGCAAGAUGCAGUUAGGGUAUUCGAAGCAAGCUUUCUUGGCUGAUGUGCAGCAGCCAUAUGAUCUACCAGACGGUACUCCAUCAUUCAAGGACUACAUGGGCAACAAGAACAAUAGAUUCAUAAACCCAGAAAUGGCUUCAAAGAACAGGAUACAGCCACCUUCAAAGAUUCUGCACUUCUUCAACACCCCCCCAGGAUUGGAUGAGGAGACACUGAAACAGGUGUUCAUUGAUGGGGAAGUUACUGAUCCCAAGAGCAUCAAGCUUUUCCCAUCAAAGAGUAAGUAUCCUUCAUCUCACACAGCUGAGAGGAGCUCCAGUGGACUCCUCGAGUUCGCUAACAUCUCAGAAGCUCUGGAGGCAUUAGUGAUUGGUAAUCAUGCCCCUAUCCCUAACCCCAACAGCAAGUUCCCAUUCAUCAUGAAGCUCUGCUUCUCAUCUUCAAGACACAUCCCCAAUAAGAUGGCUGAGUGAGGUGUCCAGCUGCAGCAGCAGCAGCAGCAACAGCAGUGACCCUUUGUACCUGGGUCAUUCAAGCUUCAUUGCUGUUACAGUGACCUGCAGGGUACACCAGGGUUGUUGGCAGCCAGGCAGGGAAUAAUGGGGUUGUCAAUAUCGAGCAGAGUUGCUUACAGUCCUAUAGACUGUGAGUAAUUAUGUAGUUAUUUACAAUCACCUUUGUAUGUUCUUAACCCCCAGAGACUAUUAGUACUCUGGAAUUAUCAAUAUUUAGUUUAGUGUAUAAUAGUUUCUGGGAAUUAUUGACAGCCAGGCAAGACUGCUGGCUUUGUGGUCAUGAGACGGUUGUUAGGGACGUUCAUGCUUCCCACCUAUCAAUGGUCGGGGGCCUAGUGUUUCUCUUCUCGCUGGACCCCUCAGGGAAUAAUCACCGAGAAUGUCUGACUAGAGGCACGCAAAUAAUUUCAGGAAGACAAUUGAGUUGUGUAUAUAUAUAUUUAAUAAAAUUAAUAUAUAUAUAUAUAAUAUAUAUAUAUAUUAAAUAAAAUAUAUACACAUACCCCCAUACAUGUUAAAUAUGAUUUGUGAGCUUUUAAUGUUAGUCGUCCAAUUGUCCAUUUUUGAAAAGCUAAUGCGGUGUCAGUUUUUGUGCUUUCUGUUGUGUACGUGAAAAUUAUUGAAUAUUAAGAGCAGUUGGGUUCAAAAGGUGACCUGAAUUGGUGCAAAUGCUGAAAGUUGACUGUAUUCUUUGUUAUGCAUAUUAUCAUUAAUAUGCUGUUCUGGACCCCUUAUUUUUUUAGAUGAAUAAAGUGUAAGUGGUCAUAUUCGUAAUGUUUUCCUGAGGAGCCCAGCAAUUGUCAUAAGUAGGAUAAGUGCAGUAUAAACCCUCCCUGAGUUGGAAGCUUGGGCAGUAUCCUGCUGUCCGUCCUACGCUCUCUUUAUAUGACCGUUAUUAUUCUGAAUCGUAUUACAUGAGGAGGUUAAACUGGGUAAGCUUCUGUAACUGAUCAAAUUUUAAUUGAAAUUUGAGUACAUUAGAAAAAUUUACUCAAUUUAGGAAAUUGAGGUUAAGAAAUUUUAGUUGGCAAGUCUUAAAUCUUUUGACUGCUAGUCCAUAAUUUAUCUUGGUGGAGUUUACCUGGUGUAUCCUAUAAGCUCAUUCAGUGGAAUGUACAAUGCUGUUCAACAAUAGUGUGUUAUGUUUCUAAAAUUAUUCCAUGAUUAGGCACAAUAUUACUUUUUUGAACUGUUUACUCUAUAAUACUGAUCAGUUCACUGUAAUCUUUGAUGGACACUGAUCCACUCAUUGGUAUGUUAAGUAUAGGUCACCAGUUAACUUAUAACGUGGAUCUUACCUGAUAUUAUGGACGUGUGUGUUAAUAUCAUGAAGUAGCUAACUAGAGGUAACUGGUCUUUGUUGCAAUAAUAGUCAAAGGAUCUGCCAUUCUUAAUUUUGUGUUAAUUUCAAUAAGGCUGGUCCUGUCUGUUUGGAAUGGAUUGACGAGCUGUAUAGAAUCUGCUUCCAAAGCUAAUAAUGGCAGAGUUUUUGACAAUAGUCUUACACUGAUGAUGAACCACUGUAAGUUAGUAGGAGGCAAUGUUAGUGGCAACAAGGAUACAUUGUUGGUAAAUGUAGGUGUAAAUUGGUAAGCUAUGGCAACAGGGCAGAUACAUUAACAAGCACUUGAUACAUUUACAGUCCCAGCUUGUUACACUGCCCCACUGUCAAAGCCUAAGUGUUUUAGAAUAGCAUUUUAAUGCUUUUUCACUUUCUCUUUCUUAGUUUAUUUUAUCUUAUUUUUAAGUAGAUGGUAAAAUGGUGUCAUUAUACUUAGUUGGACUCUUUGAGCUAGUAAGCUCCUAGCUUAUGAUUGCAGCAGGACAUGACAAAAGCUCUGUCUGUCCCCUUAUUCAUACUCCUGGUUUAUGCCACACUAUUUGUUUUGCCUCUAACAAUAAUUCAAUAAAGUUUUGAGUGACCAAAUUAAAAACAUGCAGACAAGAAGUUCAAGCAAAGAUUUUAGGUGUUCAGUGCUGAUAUUUGCCAAUGAGUAAUCAUUCACUAUAUUUUGACUUUAAUCCAACUCUGAAAAUUGUUAUUCUUGUGCAAAUCCUAGUCAGCAACACAUGGUACUUAACAUAGGGUUUUAAAGAUGUCAAGUUAUGUUUAUUAUUAUUUAACAUACCUUUUACUGCAAGCAAAAAACAUGACAUUACACAUUACUUUUCUUGAACUUCCCAUCUACAGACAUGGCUUUCACUCACACACCCUCUACCCGCAGCCAGAGAAACUUAAGACUACAGUAAACUACAGAGCCAAAACACAGGAAUACAGCAUGUCUAAACAAACCCAGCUCAUUUCUUAAGUGGGAUUAUUUAUGGAGAAUUUACUCAUGGCAGGGUUGAGUUUAGAAAUCGGUUUUAUUUACGUUUUUCUGUAUAGAACAUUAAAUAUUUUUCUGAUAAAUAUAACUUGUAUAUAAUUUGACAAAGCAGCUUGUGUUUUUAAUGAACACGGUAAAGUCCGUUUCAGUAUUCACCAAUCAUCAACAGCAGAGUGAUCUGUGGUGAUGGUGUCUUAUUUCCUCCUCCUUUGUGCAACUUUACCACUUCUUUGGUCAAUGUUGGUAAUAGUCUGUCAGACAUACUGCCAGGUCCCCCAAAAAACUAUCAAGAAUGAAUGAGAUUGGGCAUGGUGGUGAUGUGCAUAUACCUGAUAUUUAAAUAACCCCAAAGUUUUAAUGUAGUUAUAUUGAGAUGAUUUAAAGAGUUUCUCAUGCAUAUCCUGUUUUUCCUGGUAUAUUUUUGAGAUUGGCUAAUGAACUAGAUGUUUUUUUCCCUUCCCCCUACUUUACAUUUUACCAGAAACUCAUUUUUCCCAAUGGACAUCUUGCUACUAGAUCAUUGGGGGUGAUAAGUAAUUACAGAAUUAUUCUUGGAAUUAUAACAUUUUAAUGAAAUGCCCCAUAAUGGGUGUAAUUUAUAAAUAUAUUCCACAUGACUUUUUGAAUCCGUUUAGCUUAGAGUAAUGGGGGGGGGUUAAUGCUUUAUCAUAAAAUUUUAUUUAAAUUUAAUUAAAGUUAAAAAUUGAAGAUGGGUUAUGUAAUUUUUUGUUCUUUUAUGGACAUUUCCACUGCAGGAGGUUAAUAAUGCAGAUUUAGUUUUAGACUUGAACUUUGAUCACCAAUAAAUACUUAAUGUGGUCUAGGAACAGCAAACAGUACAAGUUACACCACAUGAAAAUACUAGACAGAUAAACAAAAGAAACGAAACUUUUGAACAAUCAUACUACUGUACAUGCAAUUCUGGAAAACAGAGGUGUCAUGGGCGACAUUAAAGAACACUCACUCCACAUACAGGAAUGGAAAUUAACAAGCUUUUUUCCUAAUUUCACUUUUGUUCCUUUGUUUGCUGAUAUACUAGCCUCCUGAGAUUAUUGUAUUCAAGUUCAAAGCCAACUUGGUACAAAGCACGAUUGUACUAAGGUAAAGCAAGCCUGCCAAAUAUGUAGAUUUUCCUGAGGGGCGCACCACCCACCACCCGUCACAGCCAGUGUGGCAGCAUCCUUCAGACUGCCGGUGGUCACUAGGACAAGUGGGAUUGGAUUUUAUAUGGGGAUACUGCCUACCAUAAUAUUUAGAAAGAAAAAUUUAAUUGCUGGACUUUUUAAGGGUUGCUUUCGGGAACUUCUGCCCGCUGGUGGUGGUGGUACAAAGUUGGCCUCAGGUACAGCAGUAGCCGUUAACCAGACAGUGAGGGUGUUAACUUAAGUAGUUGUUGCAAGACAUUAACUGCUUACCUAAUAUAUAUAUGCCUCCAGUGAUGGCUAUGGUUACUGCUGCUGCUGGUGAUUUAAGAGUUGUGGAGCGGGGGUGUGCCCCUUUCUCCUCCGUGCCAAGCGUGGUUGUGUCUGAGGCCGCGUGAGUGUGGCGACGUAACUGCUGUAUAGGUCACGUCCACCUUGGUGUAGGUGUCCGCGUGAACGGCCAGGGAGGAUGUCUUCACCUACCCACCCCCCGACCCGGCGGCUCCCGAGCCCCGAGACUCCGCUCAUAAGCAAUACUGACCUGACGCUCAGGUUAUGAGGGCGCCCUCCCUGGUGUGCCCACCUGGACUACUAGGCUGUUUAAAUGGUUUUCUCUGAUAAGUCGUUGAAAUGUCGUUGCAAAAUGUGCUUAAGUAGAGAAUGUUUAUUACUUCUUGAAAUCGUCCCAAUAGAGUGAAUCACUUGAUGCAUAUCAUAGCACUAAGGUUUACUGUGCCACUGAGCCAGUACCACUGGGACUGUGCUGAGCUGACUGCCAACUGGCACAGCGCAUCCAUGGGCCGUAUAAAAUUCCAUCUCGGGGAGGCCAACAGCCAGACCUGUAAUAUUACCUGCAUUAAACGCCCUAGGUAUUGUAGUUCUGUGGCCAUUACACGUGGUCUAGAGAACACUACAUAGGAAGCAGUAGUGUAGGAGAACUGGUUGGUGGUUCGGCCUAUGGAAUAGUGCUGUGCUCGGGUCUGUCCGGCCCCCUAGUUUGGUGUCCAUCAAAAUGCAGGACUAUAUACCAGACAGGCGGCGUGUCCAGUUAUGGCCGACUCGUGGUGAGGGCAGCGGCACGGACCCGCCAGAUCCCCCCUACACCAUCCCUUGUUCCAGGAUUGCGGAGUUAUUUUAAAAGCAUAACAAACAUUAUAAUUUCUCUUAAUCCAUAUGUUGUUUGUAAGAAUUUUAAGGAAUAAAAUGAAUAAUACUUUAGUAUAAAAAGAGAAAA